CUCGGGUGCAACGCAUGGCCUCCGGCUCUCCAGACUGGACAGCCUUCCACCUGAACAGUGACCCUGGAUGGUCGUCGCUGCGGGCGUCAUCACAUCGUGCUCUGCGAUUUGACUCGUCAGACUGGACCUGCAGUCCCCGCCAUCCUCACCAUGCAAGCGCCAUCGCAGGAACUGCCCAUGCCCUCAGUCUGGCACUCAAAAACUCCCGCCAACCCUCCUGAUUCAUGGUGGCUUGUGUUUCAAUGAUUAUCAUUCCUGCUCCCGAACUGAACCGCUUCCUUCAGUCGCUGGGACUGCAACCUUCGGAAGAGCUGCUGGCAAGCUUUGACUGGAGCGUAUAGAUCUCUUGGUCUGCAGUUGUUUGCCGCUUUGCUCACUUCUCCUCCUUUUUGACCUUGGCGCCCCUUCGCGGCUCGCACUCCCAACUGAGACAACAUGAAUUCCUUCGAGAUGUCGAUAUCGCGGUGUAUCGCAGCGAUCACGCUGCUUUCACUCAGUCUGGCGAACGCCCACAGUAUCAUCACCUACCCCGGUUAUCGUGGCAACAACCUGCACACCAACGGCACGGUGCAGCAGACGAACGGAUUGGGUGUUGGAUGGGAGAACGGCUCAUACGUCUAUCCCUAUGGGAUGCAAUGGAUCUAUCCUUGUGGUGGGAUGCCUACGUCGACGAACCGUACCAAAUGGCCCGUCAACGGAGGCGCGAUCGCUCUUCAGCCCGGCUGGUUCCAGGGUCACUCGACGGCCUUCAUGUAUAUCAACAUGGGCCUGGGGACGGUCCCUGACAACAUGAGUCUUCCGAUGGUCCCCGUCUUCGAGAUCACGGGCCCCAGCAACAACCCGUAUCCGGGCACGAUCUGUCUGCCGCAGGUGCCCUUGCCCGCCGAUAUCAGCCCCAAGGUGGGCGACAACGCCACCAUCCAGAUUGUCGAGGUGGCCAAACACGGUGCCUCUCUGUACGACUGCGUGGAUAUCACCUUCGCCGAAGACGACGAGGUCGCCGAGGUGACCAAGGACAACUGCUUCAACUCGUCGGACAUCGGAUUCAAAUAUGUCUUCGCCUCGAGCUCAUUAACGGCGACUAGCGCCGCUCCACUGCAUGGCCCUAGCCAGGCGCCAAUCGUCUCGGUGCUGCUGGCGAUGGCCCUGGGAGCAUGGAUCUUAUAACGAAUUGAGCCCUAAUUAGCAUUUGUUCUUUCUCGUGUUCACCUAUUUUGUCAUACCCUCAGCUGCGACUAGCUUUUUUUCUUUAGUUCUGAACGUUGGUUGCAUGAAUGCAUAAUCUGCCUGCUAUUUUGGCAUUGACGACUAUACGAAGACCUCGUGUACAUCCUUGUCAUUUGUAC